AUUGCGUGUUCUUUGUUGCUUUGAAUUAUUUACAACAUGGUUGCUUAGAGAAUUCGACGCUAAAGAGCAAUCUUCGUUGAAAUGGCGGGUUUUUAAACUUCUUGAACGUACAAAACUACGAAUUGAUCUGCUUUACAGAUGCCGUCGCAUUGAAAAUGUUUUCUUUGACAGAUAUUGAGCCUGGACCAACCGAUAUCGGCGAAAUUCUUGUGAAGGUUCAAGAUGAUUUGCGCCAUCUUAAAGAACAAAUUAUUUCUCAUGGGGUUACCACUGAGGUCAUUGAUCUUAGGACGCUGGAAAGUGCCAUUGAAAGAACAGAACAAAGUGUUAGGGACAAAGCAGAACAAAUCAUCCACUCAACCAAUAACAGUGUCCUGACUUUGCCGUCACUUGAGGGACCUGUGACUGGCUCAACUAAGAAAAAACAAGUUGCUAAAGGGGAUCACGGUUUAGUAGCAUUCCAAAAAAGUGCUUCUGCACAAAAAGCCAGUUUCAAGAGUCUCUUGGAGCCACUGGCAAUUGCAAAGGAAGGGAAUAAGCCAGGACCCAAUGCUCCUGCACCAGGACAACAGGCUAGAGAUCUCAGAAAUUUAAAGAUUCUUAGUAACCCAGCCCAUCCAACAGCAAGGCACAUCUUGAGUGAAAGAUAUGGUGUUGCUCUUCCACACAUUGUGGACAAACACGAGCAAGCUGCACAGGUUCCUGGUAAAGUUGUCAUGGGUUCCACUAUUGACCCACUAAGCACUCUGCCCAGAGCUAACAAAAUAGACCCUUCACGUACUCCUCCUCCAAUAACAGAGGAAGAUGCUCAGAAGGGAAUUCUGAGCUUAAUAGAGCGUGGACUCAUACCACCAGCAGCUGAGCUUACACUUCAACCAUCACCUGUCAAACAUCACCAGGCUCCACUCCAUGAUGCUGAUCAGCAGUUCUCAAAAUACACUGCUGCUCCUCCAAAUGAUGUUGUGGGUGUUGGAGGCUACAAUCUAUCAGUUAUUAAGAUGGAUCCUUCAGGAGUCCAGGCUGCACGCCAAACAUCACUUGCAGAAAAGAAAAGAAGAAUCAAAUCUCCAACUCAGCAGGUUUCAGCUCCCAGCAGGGGCUGGACUCAGAACUCCAAGAUGAAACCACUCCCAGUAAAAGCUAUAGAAGGACCUGACACAAUCCCUGUUCCAGCUUCCACUCCAGCAAAUGAACUGAAAAGUGUGCACAAGUUUGUUAUACAGAAUGGCAAGACAAGAGUAACUUCUCAGGACUACUUAGAUUUCAAGCAACACUACUGUCUGUCCUGGGGAAGUAUCUUGACGUUAAUUCUGAAACUGGAGGAGCUUCUCUCCAACUAUUGUGUUCCAAUUGCUUUCAUUGAUGGUGAUAGACUGGCUGAUCUAGCAUUAGUGUUUGAAUUGGAACAAGAACCAACUCUUGAGCAUUUCCUGACCUGUAUUCUAAAUGCAGAUGACGUAGAAAAGAUUAUUAAAACUCCUGGGAGGAGAUACCUUGGUCCAAAAGGGACAGAAAUGGCGGCUAUCAAAAUACAGUCCACGUGGCGAAGAUACAAAGACCGUACAGCCUACCUGCAAUACCGGAAAAGGAAAUGGGCGGCAGGUGUCAUCGCAAUAUCGUGGAUUAUGAGCUGUAAGUUAUCCAUGGUACGAAAGCAACUGAAGGAAACAAGAAAAAUACAGCUAAAGCGAUUUAAAAUACGAGCAAAGGAGUUUAAAGAAAGCUGGCCUCGUAUUAAGGAUUCCAGGAGAGUUAUCAUUCAUAUACCGUCUUUAGGAUAUGCCCAGCAUAUUAGAGAUGAAUUAAGUGAAAUAAACAUUCUUCAAAAUCUUCAGAUGGCAAGAUUAUGUGACAUAGCGGAUCCCAAGGUUGAUGUUAUUUAUGUUUGUCCCGUGGAACUGAAUGACGAAGUGUACCAAUAUUACUCUAAACUUCUUGGAAUGAAAGCGAGGAGGUCAGAAAAGAGUGAGACUGGAGGCGAGGAAGAAGAUGACAUUGAAAACCGCUACAAGAUCAUUGUACCGGACGCUGUCGAUAGAUUUCCGACUCACAAUAUGUGUCUUUCAUCAAUCUUGAAGUACAGUCCACGAACGGUGAAAAGAAUAAAGAAUUUAAUCAAAGGCCGAGAGGCAUACAUAGUUCCCGGUGUCCUCCACAAAGAUGAUAUCUACUUGGCUGAUUUGCUCGAUAUUCCAGUCUUGAGCCCUGAACCAGAAGUAGCGACGCUUUACUCCACCAAAUCAGGUUCCAAGAGGAUUUUCCUCAGCGCAAAGAUUGAAAUUCCACCGGGACACUUUGACAUUUACAGUCUUCCGCAGCUUCACGAGAGUCUGGCUAAGCUGGUAACGGAAAAUCUUCAUGUCAAGCGAUGGCUGUUUAAGAUGGAUAAUGAAUUCGAUGGUAGAGGGACAGCGUUCUGUGACGUGACGCCGUACUUGAAGUGCUACUCCUGGGCUGUGAAAGAGUGUCAGAGGUAUGGAGAGAAAUGGAACAAAAAAUGGGCUCACGAGCCAACUCUGAUUAGAGUGUCGGCAGAAGUCCCCGAGAUUAUGGCCCAUCAUGCUACUCCCGUUAAUAGUGAGCUCUACCCAACGUGGGACAGAUUUCUUCAAGAUUUUCUCAAAAGAGGAGGAGUAAUCGAAGCCUGUCCUCCAUCUGACAGUGUUACAGCUUUGAGUGUUGACGUUUUAAUUGAACCGACUGGAGAAACAACUGUUUUGUCUAUGGGAGAUCAAAUUCACGCUGCCUCGCCUUUCAGAUGCUGGGGUUUCUCUGUGCCCCAGACCUCCGUGGAUCCGUCGGUAUUGUGUAGGGCAACUGAAGCUGUGUCUGACGCCUGUAAACUGCGUGGAAUUGUGGGAUAUUUUUCUAUCGACUUCGUGACGUUUAUUGAUCCUAAAUCGCUGGAACAGGUUGUGUGGGCAGUGGACCUAAAACUUAGGUACAGUGACAGUAUGGCUAUGACCAGACUUAUGCUAUAUGUGUCUGGUGGAGAGUUUCAACCCGCUCUGUCAGCAUUUGUGGUUCCAGUCAAAAAGAAGCGAGAGGAAAGCGGAAGACGACGGAGAAGAAAGACAGUGGAAGAGGAUGAGCCACCACCGAAUCCUAACCGUUACGCUAUUGUGAGCACCAGACUGCUGCACAGUAACCUGAGUGUGAUUCAUUACAGUGUGUUCUUUCAGAUGUGUCGUGCACAUGGGAUUGGUUUUGACAUGAAGGAAAAAGCUGGCACAAUUUUUACUUUGGUGGACAGUUCGAAACGAGAGCAUUUAGGAAUGUUUGUAAUGAGUGAUGACCUGCAAGGCUCUCUGUCCACAUUUGCUCGUAACUUGUCAGUCAUUCAUCAAGAAAUUUCAGCUCCUAACAUGCAAGGGGAAAGUAACUUUCAGGCCGCAAUUGAUGAUAUUGAUUCCAUCUUGGGAACGACGGAGGAAAACAAACAAAACCCGGCCACCCCUCCCACGAAAUCUCCGCAGCUACACGCACCGCGCCCCAAAGAAAUGCAGCGAAUCCUCCAAGAACACCAACAACAAAUGCAUGCCAUUGAAAAGGACAAGAAAGAAAUGGAAGAAGAAAAGGAAAAGCAAAGACUUGCAGAAGAGCAUAGAAGAACGAGUCAGGUGGAGGAGAGGAUACAAACCGACAGCGCCCCUCCUCCCUCCCCCGCAGCUGCUAUGUCGCCUGUUGGCUCAACAGGACUUCUUGAAGAGACACCGCUAGCUACCAGGCCCGCCUCUGUUGAUAGUAGCGCCUCAAACGUGCAGGGCUCAAGUGGGGGAAAUCAUAAGACCACUAAACCAGAACAUACAUCCCCUGAUGACAGCCUACUACAAACGAGCAACGAGAAAACGGACUUACCCCAUCCUUCGCAAGAGGGUUUGGGGGACACUGCAACUCUUACUGGGUCACAGACGGAAGACCAGGCACAGAAAUCAUCUCCCCCUCGACUUGAUGUCUCCCCCACGGAUAAUGAUGGGAGGAGAGAAAGGCCAUCAUCCUUGAUAAAAGAGCACAAAACUAGAACACCAUCCCCCUAGGGAGGGUCGGAAAGGCAAGAGAGGAUCAUCUGUCAAAGAUUAACUAUGUACAGUUUGCUAAUGUUUGUUCAAAUAGUUCAAGAGAUUUGUAUUUAUUCGUUCACGAAGUGCAAAUUGUGAAAUGAUUAUGACUGUCGAGAUUAUGACGGCACGUUUUGUGAUUGGUUUUGAACUUUUAGCUUAAAUUUUUGCCAACGUCCACUGAAAGCAAAAAAGUAGCAAAUCAAUAAAACAAUGCCACCUGAAUUUAACAUUAUUUGAGAACUAUUGUAUACAACUGAAGACAGUUUUGAAUGUUAUGUAAAUUAUUAUUGUAAAUAGACCUUAGGGUCAAGUGGUUUUCGCGUGGGUUUUGGAAAGUUUACUUUUUUAGACUGGAAAUAUUGGACAACUUUGGACGUGAUUCCUUAAGCGAAACAUUUUUUUAAUAUGUCCACAAAUAAAAUAAUUAGAUUCCUGA